CAUAUAAAUACAAGUAAUUUGAGAUGACAAAUCUAUAGAUGUUAGGGCUUGCAACAUCUGAUUCUCUUUCUUGUUUGAUAUUUUGACCAAACCACCGACGACUUAGGCUUACUUCUUCAAAGUCAUGUUCAAGAAUUUCUGGGGCUCUCAGGCCCGCCCCCAGGAAAUGUCCACAAACUCAUGGUAUCCAUCUUCCGUCAUUAGUUCAUCCAGCUCCUCACGCCCUACAACGCCUGGAUCCAGUACCUCUAGCAGCUUUGGUGUAUCGAGACCGACUGACCGACCAAAUUCUUCGUCAAAUGUUUCACCUGCAGAGGCCGCCGGCAUCAUUGCUAUGCUAAAAGAUAAGAGUGUUGAUGAACUUAGAAAGCUUCUAUCAGACAAGGAUGCGUAUCAAAAUCUGUUGCAUUCACUGGAACCUGUCAAAACACAAAAUAGGGUCAGAGAUGAACUCAGGAAUGAAACACUGCAGCUAGCAAGAGAGAAUCUCGAAAAGGAACCACGUAUAAUGGAGCUAAGGAAUCAGAAUAAUCCGAACUACAGAGUUGGCUGCUGCUCAAGAAAAAUUUCAUGAACUAGAAAGAAAAAAGGACGAAAAUCUC